CUAACAAAACAAAGUAGCCGACCCAACCAAAAACUGCCGAAAACUUGGCGAACGAUUUCGAGAAAGGAGAGGCGACGAGUUGGUCUUCCUUUCUAGGGUUUCGUUGUCGUCGGAUCUCGGAGCAGUAGCGGCGGAGAGAGGCAAGAUGAAGACGACCAAAGGGGGAAAGGUGAUGAACCCCACCGAUGCCUACCGGAAGGAGAUACGGAAGAAGGAGCUCAAACGGAACAAGAAAGAAAGGAAGAAGGUUCGUGAGGUUGGCAUCUUGAAAAAGGAUCCUGAGGCUAUUCGAGAGCAAAUUGAGAAGCUGGAAAGAAUGAAGGCUGAUGGUGCCCUUGACAAGGCAAGGAAGCAUAAGAAGAGACAACUUGAGGACACCUUGAAUCUUGUGAUGAAAAAAAGAAAGGAAUAUGAAGAUAAAAUGCGGGAAAAGGGUGAAACUCCAGUGAUGUUCAGUCACUUGGGCCCCCCUCGAAGAAGAGCAGCGACAGAGGAAGAGGAAAGGGCUAGAAAUCCAAGGCCUGAGGAUUCUGUAUAUUAUCACCCUACUCUAAACCCAACAGGGGCACCACCUCCUGGGAAACCUCCAAUGUACAAAUCAUCAAUAGGGCCUAGGAUUUCAUCUGCUGCUUCAGGUACUGCAGCUUCAUCUUCUGCAACAGAAACAGAUGAAGCUUUAACAGUUCUACCCCCUCCACCACCACCACCUUUGCCAAGUGCUGAUGGAGUAACUUCACAUGAUGAUUCUGUUGUACCACCAUCAAUACCUUUACCUCCUCCUCCACCAAUUCCUCCAAAGCAUAUUGCCAAUGUGGGUGCAUCAUUGCCUCCGCCACCACCUCCUGGACCACCACCUAAAGAUCAAGCUGCAGUUCCUACUCCAUUGCCUAUACUUCCUCCACCUCCCCCUCAGCCUCUUUUGCAACCUCCUCCACCAGGCACAUCUGCGAAGGAAGCUGAUAAAACCACAGGAUCAGAUGGGCCAGCUUUAAAAGAACCAAAUAAGGUUACACCAAUGCAUCCACCACCUCCACCGCCUCCUGGGUUGCCACCUAAAUCAGCUAAUCAACAAUCAGAUCCCAUGCCAUCUGAAUUUGUCCCAGGCAAUGCUCCAAGCUCAAAUGAUAACUCAACAACUCGGUUGAUGCCACCACCUCUGAGACAGCCUCCACCAGUGGUUCACAAUAUUCCUUUAAUAAAUUCUUUGCCACUUGACAUGAUGCCUCCUGGCAUGGUACAUUUUCCUACUGACAUGAGGCCGCCUCUGAUGGUUCCUGGUUUUGCCACAAGACCCCCACCGCCCCCACCCCCAGGAAUUGUUCCACCACAAAUGCUGAGGUCAAUGUUUGCUGCACCUCCAGGACCUCUGCCAUUUCCAAGACCUUCAGGGUUCCCAAUUCCGCACGAGGAUGAUUUUGAUGCUUUUAGGCCCUCUGCACCUCAGAAGCCAUCUUAUGUCAAAUCAGCAGCAUCAACAGUUGUCAAGCGUCCUUUAGCACAACAUAAUCCAGAAUUAACAGCGAUGGUUCCUGCUUCAGUGCGUGUGAGGAGAGAAACUGUGGCCCCAAAACUGAAAGCGAAAUCACAGCUCACCACCACUCCUGCAAUUUCCAAGCCUUCUGGUCUGACAUUUACUGGGAAACCGGAAACAGCUACUACGUCAGGUGCCAAGUCACAGAGUAUUGAUGACUCAUAUAUGGCCUUCCUGGAGGACAUGAAAGCCCUUGGUGCCCUUGAUUGCUAGAUCACUACUCAAAUCCAUUUGAAUGCAUUGUAAAGGCACAUGGCGCUGACCAUGUUUAUUUUUUUUUUAUGGUAGAGCUCUUCAGGUUUAGUGGUUGCUCGCCAAAACAUGCAUAAAAUUGAGCUAUCAACUGUAUUCCUACUCAUGUAUUUAACACUGCCUAACUAAGCGCAUGAAAGGAAAUUGUGGCCCCUGUCUAACCUCAGUUUUCUACUGGGCAGGAUGAA